AUGUAUAUCCCCGUGGGGGCUAGACCCAACAGCAUGGCGGAGCUCGUGGCCGAUCUCGAGCGCCGCCAAUCCCAAAAUCCGGCCCGAGGUGGUGCCUCGAGCAGAGCAUCCACACAAUCCGCAAACACGGCAAACACGGCAAACACCGGCACGACGGCCCCGACAACCCCCGCGCGUGGCCCUGCAGCGCCCAAGCAGGCCCCCGCAGAGGCGAUUCCCAUCGGGAGACAACCCAGAAGCUUGUCGGAAUUGGUAGAGGACCUCGAGCGCCGCCAAGCGAACAGGCCUGCCGUCGACAACGACGCCUCCAGCGUGGCGUCGGGACAGUCGGCCCCUUCGGUUGCCAGCGCAAACUCCCGGGGGACUUCCAACGCGGGCAGAGGGAGGAGGCCGGCCCCGGUGGCUCCGGCGCCAGCUGUACCUGCAGCCCCUGCCCCUGCUCUCGGUGUUGCUCCAGCCACCAAGGCUAUCAACGGACGCUCCGAGGACCUUGUUGACUUUUUGUCUUCCAAGUCUGCGCCCAGCGUGAGCUCCGUUGACUCUUCCAACGUGGGAAGGGGACAACAGCCCCCUCCUCCCGCUGCCCCGGCGCCCCCUCCUGCGCUGCCUCCCCCCGCGGCCGCUCCUCCUGCGGUGGCUCCUCCCGCAACGGCUCCUCCCGCAGCAGCCCCUCCCGCCGCUACUCCUCCCAUAGCCGCCUUGGCUCUGGGCGCUCGGUCCGACGACUUGGUCGACUUUUUGGUCGACAUCAACCGCCGCCAGGCCAGGCCCGCCGUCGGUAGCCAGGUCUCCAGUGCGCCGUCCAGGCAGUCUGCCAACUCUCGCGGGACCAACAACUCGGUGGGCACUUCGCGCGCGGGCAAGGGCAGACAACGCGGCCCUGGAGCUACGCCUCCUGCUGUGCCUGCUGCCCCGGGACCGGCCCCGGCACUGGGCGUUCCUGCGACGCCAGCUGCCCGGGCCAUCAGUGGCCGCUCUGAGGAUCUCACCGACUUCUUGGUGGGCCUGGAUCGUCGCCAGUCCAACGCCAGGCGUCCGGGCCGUGGUGGUGCCGCAAGUGUUUCGUCAGGAAACUCGGUCGACUCUGCCAACACCAACAACUCCGCAGCAACUUCCAACGGCAGGCAGCGCGCCCCCGCAGCCCCGGCUCCUGCGCGCCCUGCACCGCCGGCCGGCAUCGCUGCAAGGUCCAAGUCCAUCGCCAUUGGCGAGCAGCCCAGCAGCAUGGCCGAGUUGAUGGCGGAUCUCGAUCGCCGUCAGGCCAACAGGGCCCCUAACGGCAGGGAUGAUGCCACGAGCGUGGCUUCCGGGCAGUCGGCCAACUCUGCGCCCUCGGUCAACUCGGCGGGUACGUCUAACGCAGGCACAGGGAGGAGGCCUGCUGCCCCUGGCAGGGCGGCGCCUGCACCCGCUGCUCCUGCGACUCGGGCCGCCGUCGGAGUCAGGUCCAUCCCCAUCGGUGGACAGCCCAACAGCCUUGCGGAGCUGCUGGCCGAUCUCGAGAAGCGUCAGGAGAAAAAGGACGGCAAGGCCUCGAGCGUGUCGUCCAAAUCCUCCAAGUCGGCCAAGUCAGUCAAGUCCAAGGCCGCCCAGGCCACGACCAGCUCGGAGCCAGCCCAGGCCACGCAGCCAUCCUCGACCCUCCCUGCACAGUCCACGCAGCCGCCCGCUGUCCUGCCUGGACAGGCCGAAACCACUCCCUCGCCUUCGACGGCGCCUCCCGCGCAGACCACUCCCGCCGCUCCCGAAGGAGCCAACGGUCCAGCGCAGAGCCCCGCCCCGGCGCCGACCUCUGCUGGCGCAGGGGACAAGGUCAACGGCGCUCUCCCUUUGCCUACAACCCUCCAAACUCUGCCGUCGGAGCCCCCGAGGAGCACCGUGCUCCCGACUCCGCAGAACAAUGUGGCUCAGCCGGUGGGAAGCUCGUCCGCUGGUAUUGACCCUCAGCCUCAGAUGAACGGAGGAAUGGUGGCCGGAGCUAUAGUUGGAAGCAUUGCCGGUGUCGCCGUCCUCGCCGCCAUCAUCUUCUUCCUCUUCCGCCGCCAGCGCAGACGAGACUCGGUCUCCGGCACCGAGCGCCGCGGUCCCAACUGGGAGAGCCGGCUGUACGGCUCCGAGCGCAGCACCGUGAGCGGGGGGACCAGGAACACGAUCCGCAGCUUCUUUGCGCGCCGAUCCGCGGCCGCCGCGCCCCAAACCACGUCCGAGACUCAGCCGAACCGGCUGCCGUCGCACUUCCCGACCCUGCCCAAGUCCGCGUUCGACUCGCGCCGCUCCGAGCGGUCCACGGGCCUGUCGGCGCUCGACGAGAAGCAGUACAAGACGUACCAGAACCUGGUCGGCCGGCUGAACGAGAAGCAGCCCGUGCCGUUCGACCACCCUUAUUAUCAGAACGAUGACUGGAGAUGAGAGGGGGAUGAGGAAUGCUUACCUGGUGAUACGAGGAAUGCAUGAGCCAUAAUCUGGUUUUUUUCUUUCUUUCUUUUAUAAUCGGGAGCCCUGUCCCGAAUACCCUACAGUCUUUACCUCUUUUUCUGCAUAUAUUUUCAACCAUAUAUAGAUAUUCAUUUCUCAGCAUUGGAUCUGGCAUUUUGUCCACGCAACGGUCAACCUUGACUAACGAAUGACCUUGGUCUCAUCACGCCGCUCAAACACAGCUAGAAAUAGAAUCACAACCAAGACGCUGGAAGCAUAUUGUCACGGUCAAAGUAUUGUUGCAC